GCCGAGUUGCAGUCAAGUCCAAACGCGACGGACACACGCACACCGACCAAUCUAUAUAACAUCCUCCGGCGACUGGUCAUUUACGAGUGCGGGACAGGACACUUGCUACAACACACUUGAAGUCCGAGGAUCAACAGAAAUGCAUAUCACUCUGCACUUGGCAUUGGCCGCGAUACUUGGCUUUGGACUUUCAGAAGCCCGACAACAGGAACAUGACUUAGCUUAUUACAUUCAUCCAUGCCAAAAGUCUGCCCCCAACGUAAAUGAAUGUUUAACUUAUUCAGCCAACCAUUUGGCUAUGCACUUCCGGAAAGGAAUUCCCGAGCUGGGCAUCGAAGAGGUGGAACCCAUCGUGAUCGACGAAAUCAAUUUGUCGCUGGGCUCCGGCCCGGACGGAUACAGGGCCACGUUCAAAGACAUCCAAGCGUAUGGCGUCAGCAAUCUGACCGUCAACCAAGUCAGAUCUGACCUAAAUUCACUGCAGUUCCAAUUUACGUUCUCGAUCCCAAAAAUUUCAGCUAUUGCACAUUAUAGAAGCUCAGGAGUUCUUAUUAUGGUUCAAGCUACUGGCGGUGGUGAAUAUUGGGGUGAAUACGAGGGUGUUAAAGCCAAAGUCUACAUCAAGGCCAGUGAAGUGGAACGUAACUCUCAAAAAUUCUUGCAGUUAGAAGAUUUGAAAAUGGACUUUAGUGUUAAAGAUAUUCAAAUGGGCAUCAAAAAUGUUCACAACGGAAAUGCUGUCUUAGAAGCGGCAUUGAACUUGUUUAUCAACUCGAACUCACAAGAACUACUCAAGGAAAUGAAGCCACACAUUAAAAAGAARCUCAUGGUUGCCAUGAAGUCGUUCAUCGAUAACUUAUUUAGCAGAGUCCCUUAUGACAACUGGGUCAUCCAAUGAAGACCCGGACCAGCAUCAAAAUGGCGUCCGGCUAAUUGUUACUUCAUGAUAAUGUCGUUUCCGAGGCGAAAACGUAUCUCUUUGCACAAUACAUUGUAACGCUCAAUAGUAAUAUGUCGAGUGCAAUAUAAUUUAUAAUUUAUCAUCCCAUAAUAUAUUUUUGUAUAAUAUUAAUUUAAAUAUGUAUGACAUAUAAAU